GCGCGUCGCCGCCUGCGGCUAAGUAAGAGCGGGAGCGCGCCUGGUCGGCUUGAGGCGCGCAGGCAUGGCUAUGGCUGCGCUGAGUGCGGUGAUCCCCGGGCUGGCAGUGUGAGAGCCUUCGCCGGGCACAACAUGGAGGACGUCAAGCUGGAGUUCCCCGCCCUGCCACAGUGCAAGGACGACCAGGAGGACUGGAGUUACCCUAUGAGACGGGAGAUGCAGGAAAUUCUACCUGGCUUGUUUCUGGGUCCAUAUUCUGCAGCAAUGAAGAGCAAGCUCCCAAUUCUUCAGAAAUAUGGAAUAACGCAUAUAAUCUGCAUAAGACAAAGUAUUGAAGCAAACUUUAUCAAACCAAACUUUCAGAAUUUAUUUAGAUAUUUAGUGCUGGAUAUUGCAGACAACCCAAUUGAAAACAUUAUACGUUUUUUUUGCUAUGUCAAAGGAAUUCAUUGACGAGUGUUUACACAGUGGAGGAAAAGUUCUCAUCCAUGGCAAUGCAGGGAUUUCAAGGAGCGCUGCCUUGGUUAUUGCAUAUAUUAUGGAAACGUUUGGUAUAAAAUACAGGGAUGCUUUUACAUAUGUGCAAGAAAGAAGGUUCUGCAUUAAUCCCAAUGCUGGAUUUGUUCACCAACUUCAGGAAUAUGAAGCCAUCUAUCUAGCAAAAUUAACCAUUAAAAUGAUGUCACCUCUGCAAUUAGGAAGGAACUUUUCUAUACAAUCUGGUGCUACAGGAAGCCUAAAAAGGACACAUGAAGAGGAAGAUGAACUUGGAAAUAUGCAGGUGUCGGCAGCUCAUGAUGCGUAA